UGAGUUCAAUCGAGAAAAUCAGUUAGUGCGUUGCAGAACUCUGUCGUAUGCCAUUUAAACAAUAUUUUCUAUACUACCUAUACGAAUGAUGUCUAGUUUGACAUUUUUUUUAGCAGCAGUCGUGUCGUUGCAGAUCGUGCAGGAUGGCGUCCAUUCGUGUACACUGCGAAAUCACAAAGAAAAGGCUGCAUGUUCUAGUCCGGGUGCCGCCGAUCCAACUUUUCCAAACUUGCGACACACACCGAUUUCAUGUUUGACACCGACACUCGGACUGCAACCCUCCAACGCGUUAAACAAAAUUUCAAGUAUUUCACCCGGUUUGUUUAAAUCUUCACAGCUAAUUCCAGCUCCUGUAAUCACAUCUCCGCCGGUCACAAAACCGCAAUAUUUAACGCCUGUUUCUGGUAUUUCCAAUAACGACAAAAUUUUUUUUGAUCUUUUGCUCGAGUAUUUAGCUACACAGGAACCACCACAUCGGCUACCGUUGCCGCCGUUGAGCUCGUCCGUACACCAUCCUAUGCCUGCAAAUUUGCCUGUACUAUUAACGCCUACUCCUUAUCCUCCAACGCCUAACCCGCAGAUUAGCCCGGUUGAACUACAACAGCUCCUUUCACUUUUGUUGUCUGUUUCAGGACCCGGCUCCGAUCUAAUAAAUCCUGCAGUCCCUUCAGACCGUUUACAUCCUCCUUUGACACCCACUCCGGCGGCAUAUAUCACUUCUCCACCCCCUGGCGUCGUCACGGUAACAAACACUAAAAUCGAAGCAUCAGCAGCAACAGUAAUAGAAUCAGCAACAACAGUACCUAUCAACGUCCCACAAUCAAUAUCUUCAUCAGAAACUACACCUGUCAUCACCGAGCCAUCGACCACAUCUGCGACGAACCUAAAUAACUUAUCUACUAACGCUGUAGCUCAGUCAUCGGAUUCCGGGUCGGCCGUCAUUGCUGCUGUGGCUUCUAUCAACUCAUCAUCUGACUCGUCUAUCGUUCCACAAAAAACUUCCGGUUCUACGUUAGAACCUGAAAGGAGCCCUGCAGCGACGGUCUCGGACACUGUACCGGCCGCCGAUUCGGUUUCCGCGUCAGCUUCCGCCGUCGAAUCAUUAGCACCGCUAUCGCAACCUCAGUCCAACACUACGACGCCAAGCAUAGUAUAAAUUAAAAUCAACAACAGUUACAAUAUGUUCUCCGUCUAUAGUUUAAACAUACUUGGUACAUUUUUGACUUUCGUAUGUAUAUAGCUUAAUAUAUUAUACACUUUAUAUAAUAUAGUUUAGUACAAAUAUGUAUUUGUAAUGUAUAGUUAUUGACUAAAGUGUCUUAUUAAAUACAUUUUUUUUUAAAAAUGUAGAUAUUUAAGAAAUUAAAUUUUCAUUUUUUAUUUGGUGGAGUA